UGAUUACCUCCCCUUCUCCAUCCACCUUGUUAAGAGGGAAAACAAAAGAAAGGCGAAAGAAAGUAUCGGAGUUAAGCAAUCCUAAGGUUCCUUAACCUAGCUAACUUGGUUGAGUGGCCUUCCAUGUGCCUAGGAAUCAUAUAUACGAUUUUAUUAUUUCCACCAGAAUGCUCGUCACCUACUGCAUAUUAUUUUUCUCCUUCUGAAUUGGAUCUUUAUAAGAAGCUCUACUGCUGGUUGAGUACCUCCGCUUGCCUUCGUUUCUUCUAUCAAGAAUUCUCUAAGGUCGGUGGUUUCUCAAUGGGUGAAACUAAGCAGGAAGAAGCUAAAGAGCAGGCCAAGCCAAAAGAGGAGGAACGGAAAAAAGAGGAGAAGCAAGAAGAAAAGAAAGAAGAAGCAAAGCCGUCCCCUCCCCCUCCUGUUGUCUUGUUUGUGGACUUGCACUGUGCCGGAUGUGCAAAGAAGAUUGAGAGGUCUAUCCUCAAGUGCAGAGGGGUUGAAGGGGUGGAGGUAGACAUGGUGCAUAAUCAGGUCACAGUUAGAGGAAUUGUAGACCCUCAAGCUUUGUGCUCCAGAGUUCAAAAGAAGACUUUGAGAAGAGCCGAAGUCCUAUCUCCACCGCCACCGGCCGAAGGAGAAGCCAAACCAGAAGUGGUUCGAUCACAG